CUCUCUUCAUCCAGGAUUUGCAAAAUGGCAGCAUUUUCAUUCGGACUCUACACGAUGUUUCAUUUAAAACGUCAUGAGAUCUGAAGAGGUUUGGAACACAUGCAUAUUUCCUACUGGUUGAUCAAAAAUUCAAAGGAUAAGAGAUGACUUUGAUAAAUUCAUCUCCAUUUUUUCUGGAGUUUGUGAAGAUAUUUGGUCCUUAAAAGAAGAUUCAAUGGCUGGCAAUUUCUAUUGUUGUUGAAGUCAGAAAAAAGAGCAUAGCACAGCUUCAUACAAUUUCUUCAAUAUCUUGGAUACUGCAGGGAUAGAUUGAGGCAUGUGUUUUGCCGAGGUGUCUGACAGGAGGAAGUGAGAUUUACUCCAGGUGAAGUUAACCGUGCAUGGCAUUCAAUUUUUGAUGCCAUGAUGGACUUCACAGGGAUACUGCCACGACAGGGAAGUUCUGAAAAAUCACGCAAGAGGACAAUGGGAAACUUGGAUGUUUUGGAAGAUCUUGAUGAUGAUGACAGUCUUGACCCAGGAUCAAUGAAGAUGUCAAAGAUGAACUUUGAUUCUGCCUCAAACCUCGGUGACAGACAGAACCAUAGUGAGAUUGAGAAGAGGAGACGAGACAAGAUGAACACUUACAUCAUUGAGUUGUCUUCCCUUUUACCGAUGUGUAGUUCCAUGAGCCGAAAGCUAGAUAAAUUGACUGUGUUACGGAUGGCUGUACAGCAUAUAAAAUCAUUACGAGGUUCAGGCAGUGUCUGUUCAGAGAAAACAUCACGACCAUCAUUCCUCUCUGAGGAUGAAAUGAAACAUCUAAUUUUGAAGGCUGCAGAGGGUUUCCUGCUUGUAGUGAGCUGUGACCGUGCCAGAAUCCUGUAUGUGUCAGAGUCGGUGAAAAAUGUUCUCAGCUACUCAAGGAACGACUUGAUUGGACAGAGUUUAUUUGACUACCUGCACCCAAGAGACAUCAGCAAAGUGAAGGAACAGUUAUCAUCAUCUGAUGUAUCUCCACGAGAACGACUCAUUGAUGCCAGAACAAUGAUGCCGGUGAAGACAGAGUUUACCCAAAGACCAACACCUACACACCUGUGUUCUGGGGCCCGGCGAGCUUUCUUCUGUCAGAUGAAGUGUGGCAACCGGGAUUUUACCUCAAUAAAGUCGGAAAAGGAUGACAUUGAUUUCUGUCAGAGACGGAAGAAAUCAGACCGGAAAUCCUACAUACUGAUUCACUGUACGGGGUACCUGAAGUCCUGGUCAACAUCUAAAGUCGACCUUGGCGAGACAGAUGAUGCAGAGGAUAACUGUAACCUCAGUUGUCUGGUAGCAGUUUGUCAAGUCAAGUCCUCCCUAGACCAGAUACAAAUCCCCACUAACGACAAGAUCAACGUCCGCCCAAUAGAGUACAUCUCCAAACACAGUAUUGAUGGCAAAUUCUCCUACAUUGACCAAGGGGCAACCAUCUUACUAGGGUACCUUCCUCAGGAGCUUUUGGGUACAUCAGUGUAUGAAUACUAUCACCAAGAUGACGUCUUAGAAAUGGCGGAAACACACAGAAAAGUGCUGAAGUCAAAAGAGAAGGUGGAGACAUGUGUUUACCGAUUCAAAAUCAAGGACGGGUCAUUUAUUCACCUGCGAUCUCGUGUCUUUAGUUUUCAUAAUCCCUGGACUAAAGAAGUCGAGUACAUUGUGUCCACAAACACCAUCAUACCUUCACAGGAAGUCAGCAGCUCAGGACAAGAAAUAAGUACAGGGACUUCUGGGAUAGGAUUUGAUAGUGAAGAAAAUAAUUAUGAAGACAACGAAUUGGAAAUACAAAGCCAGUCUGAACGUGGGCAACUCAAUGUACCAGGAAUGGCUGGAGGAACACGUUUGGGAGCUGGGCGCAUUGGCAGGCAAAUAGCAGAGGAAAUUCUGGAACUACAACGUGGUCAGGGAAGUAACACGGCCACUGCCUUAGCGGACAGUACCAACCCUGCUAGCACGCCCUCUCCAGAAUCUUUCAUCAGCAGUACAACAACAAGGCCACAGUGUGUGACCACAACAGCAGCAUCACCGCCCUCAUCAUCCUUUCUUCCUUCUGGCUCAUCCAACAUUCUCACAUCUCCGGCAACAUGCUCAGCACCCAUUAAUGGUCUGUCAUUCAAGGCUACAGCGCCAAGCACUAAUAUGCCAUCCUGCUGGAUGUCUGAAUCCAGCUUGAUAGAGAAUGUCAUAGCAGAACAACAAGCAGUCGAGGAUAUGGAUGGUUCUGACGGCAAUGACGAGGCAGCUAUGUCCAUUAUUGUGAGCCUUUUAGAGGCAGAUGCAGGCCUAGGUGGACCUAUAGAUUUCAACGACAUCCCCUGGCCACUAUGAUUGUACAGGGAGCAAGGACCUACAUUCUUUGCCUCACAAAAACAUGCCCUUUAUCAGAGACAAAGUUGUGUCACCUUGCUCCCCUUAACAGUUUAAUGAGUGUUAGAGCAGUUAGGCUGUGGCAGUUUGGUAACAACCUCCUUAUGUUAUCAGAAUUAGUUUUAUAAAAUUCUUAGUUAUGUUUUCUUGUUGACAGUGACACUGAUAACAGGGUGGCCCUGUUAAUGAAAACAACAUCUCUUGGCCUUCAAAUAGCUGGGUUCCCAAAUGUGCUUCAGAGAAUAUGUCUUUCUGUGUUAAACUACGGAUGAGGCAGGGCUGCAUACAUUACCUUGUGCCUGCAAGAAGAAUCCAAUGGCCUAAACAAGAGAUGGUUUUAAUUACUUGUACUUUAGCAAGAAGGUGUGAUAUAAGUUUUAAAAGUGCAUUCAAACAUUACACUAACUCAGUGGAGGUUGACAGGAUGAAUAUUUAUAUGAAAAAAGACAUCUACACAGUGAUUCUAAUUUCCACAGAGGUAGAAGGUGCUCAAAAGUAUCAUUCUUGGCGUUGUUUGUAAUUUGUUUGACAAGCUUUAAAGCUACUGUGAUGAUGUAUCAUAGGAGUUGAAUUCAAAACUUCAACUGCAAUCUUUUUAACCUUGUUGUUUAUUGUUUAUAAUAUAUUGCAAUCAUGCAGAUAUGGAGUUCUGAUGGUUAUAGUUUCGUCCAUGUGAAAGUUGUUGUUAUCAACAAUGGCUACUGUUGAAUGUGCCAUUGUAUUUGUAUAUACUUAUGACAUUGAGAGCUCAAAUAUUGUAAUCAGUAAAUUAAUAUUUUUGUGUGUGAAAUUUAUAGAAUUCCAAAGGAAGAAUACUCCACGAGACCAGUUUUAUGCAAACCACUGGAUGAUUGUCCCCUUUGUUUAUAUUGUCCCCCAUGUGUAUUCACUUGUAUUUUUGUAUCAAAGGGACAUUUUUAUGUUUUUAUUCUAAAAUCUGCCUUAAGCUAAAUGAAAAAAUAGAGAUGAGUAUUUUACUGUUAGUAAAUAUAAAAGAAUAGUGUAGAAUAAUUGCAUGAAUUCUGUAAUAUGAUUCAGAAUCAUCAAGUGUACACUUUGAUGCAUGUUUAGCCCACCUGGCCUGAAAGUCAAAUGAGCUUAUGAAUUGGCACAAAGUCUGUCUGUCUAUUGUAAUUUUGUCUGUAAGACACAAUUUCAUGUGUCCAGAAUUGCUGAAGGUGUUUUACUGACUUUGAAAUAGGCUCCUGGCUAUACAUUUCGUUUAAGGUUAUGCUCAUCAGCAUCCUAACAUAGAGUUUUAGUGGUACAUGUUCAUAUGUAUCUGAAAUUAUUUUCCUGUCAAAAUAUCUUUAAAUUGGUACCUUUAAUUUAACAAGUUUGGUUUUGAAUUUAUAAUAGAAGUUCUUACAAGUUCUUGUUUUUGAAUUUGUCUCACUUGUGAUACAAAAUCUUUUGGCCAAAAGAUGCAAAUAGAAAGAUCACACAGAAACAUCAUGGAUUUCCUACAAUUCUCUCCACCAAACCGAUAUUAUGAAUAUGACUUUUUUUACUUAAUAUUCGAGUUUAAACCCUCAAAAGUCUUUGUGACCUUUUUACUUUCUUUCCCUCACUAAUCUAUUUUAAUUUAUGUAUAUUUUGAAAAUCAACUUUAUAGGAAGAGAUACAAAUGACUUACAAAAGUAAAAUUAAUUUUGAUCUUCUUUUUUUAUUUACUAGAGCUUUUUUCAGUUACUUAUGUUUUGUAAACUGAAUAUAGAUCUCGACUAAAAACAGUUUGGGUAUGUAUUAAAGUUGAUUUUUAUUCAUACCAUCUCCUGUUUCUCCUUCAUUGUAUAUCAGUUGUAAUGGGAAUAUAUUGCCCUUAUUGGACCAAAAUUCUACUGACUGCUUAAACAAAAGACAGGAUUUGUUUUAAUUAGAAUUUUUUGUAUUUUAAAGACUACUCCGAAUAUUUUAUAAAUAUGUAUAAAAGAUUAUAACCUAGCUUAGUUAAAAGUUUUAAAAUAUUUUUGGCAAAAUAUGUUAAAAUAAAAAACCAGGUGAGCUGUUUAAGCCUUUUGUUAACUGUAACAGGGAUACUAUAUUGUUUUUACCAAACUCUGCCUUAACUUAAUCAUACAAAUCAGAGAGAUAUUAUUAAUUUUCUGUAAUUUCAAGAAACGAUAUUAAAGUAUGAUUUACUUGAGUUCAAUGUUCAGAUGAAAUUUUCAGUCUGAAUUUUUAUCCAGUUGCAUGAGUUCAAUGGGUUGUACUAGAUAAUCGAAUUAACAUGACGCUGCUUCAGUUGAUGAGAUUUAGUGAGAUUUAUUUCAACAUUUGAUAACAUAAAAUUUGAAAUUCCAAGUCACAUGUACAAGUAAUAUUUCUUGGUGUCUGGUUUAGACUUACCACAAUGGUUUAUUUGUGUCCAACAACACCUGAUGGACCACCCAGAAUUUGGUUUAUUUAUUUUAAAUAUUAUGGAUAAAGCAACAGUGAUAAAUUAACACCUUAAUGUAUCGACUAAAGAUCUUCAUAUGUCACUUAUUGCCCCUUAGGAGCCUGCAAAAUGAAAUUGAUGCACAGGGUGCAGUUUUAUAGAAUCAACAGGCCUACUUCAAAGUCAUUCUGUGGUCUGAAAAUUCUCUAAGUAGAACUAACUUGAUAGAAAUAUUGACUUAUGUGAUUGUUUUUAUAACCAAGAUUUAAUUUUAUGAUUUCAACCAAUAUCUUGCCAUGGUGUACCAGUUAAGGAGGUUAACAAGUGUGGAAUAGGCUACAAUUUGGGGCAACAUCAUGUUAAUGAAGAUAUUUUUAUCCCUCACUUGCUUGCAAUUAUGUUCUAUCAAUGGAAGGAGCUACUCAGGAUCUGCUUAGAAAGCAGCUAGUAAAUUAAGUUUAUGAUUUUACAUGUUCCCAGAGAUUGUUCUCUCAUUCGUUUCAGAAAAUACUUUUAAUCAUUGUAUAUAAAUCCUUUCACAUUCAAUUUUAAGUGUUAGUUUAUCUUGAUAGUUAUUUUAAGUAACUUCUCCUAGUUGAGCAGGAUCUCGCUAAUCCUAUCAUUUUGAUUUCCACAAAAAUGUCACAAAGUUACAAAUUCUUCGAUUUUAAACCAGGAACUUAUCAAUUCCCUUUCCUGUGCUGUGAAGCUCUGACAAAUGCUCUGUGGCUUGCUUCAGCUAUCAUGAUGAUGGUUGCUUUCUUACUAAAUAGGUUACUGUUUAUUAUUUGUGAAGACUUAUCACUGACAAAUGUUGACAUUGCUGGUCGAUGGUUAUUAUCUAAUGAUGUGAUGUACCACAGGGAUUUGGCACUGACCCCUAACACCGGUGAUCUGUAUAUGUGAAGGUAUUUUAAUUACACCUAGAUGUAUAUCGACUGUUGUGUUGGAAAUUCAUGCCAAGAUCCUGUCCAUUAUGUAGCAUUUUAAGGUCCCAAUUUUCUUUUUUCCUUAACAGUUAACGUUGUCUCCAUUGAUGUAUUGGUAAAGACAAAUAAUUUUUUGUAUUAUUAUUAUCAGGUUGUUUGUUCUUCAUUGACAGUAUCUUGCUGCAUAAUGUUUCUUACUGUUCAUACUCCAAUGUCAUGUAUCUUGUUAAAACAGGAGUCUGUUGGUUGAUCAUUAAAUUUAUCUCUUUUAGACUUGAUGCCAAUGAACUACAUCCAAUCAAACAGAUAUCAAACUAGUUAGACCUAGCUGUUGUACAGAUAUCCACCUGACUACAUUCCAUUAUGCCAUGAUUUAUCUGGCAGGAAGCCAAUGUCUGGUAAUAAGCCCACCCUUAUCUAUUGAGGUUCACCAGACUUUGAGCCCCACCCUCUUGGAUUAAUGGCUAGACUAGUACACAUUUUGUCAUGGCCUGUGGAUAAUAUCAUUAGAGAUCUUACCAAAUGUUUUGCUGUAUAGAACCAAUGAAGGAUGUAUCAUUGUGUGGGUAAGAUUAGGAAGAUAUUUACAUGAUUUUUGAUAUUUCACACUCCUUAAUGUUAUGUUCACAUUCACUCUAAUAGGUGACCUUCCUCUGAAGAGUGCAAUCCUACCCCCUACACACACCCCACACACACCUCAUCCCAUCUUUGAGAGAUAGGAAUGUGCAGAUUUUUCAAUUUUUACUCAGUGAUCAAUACUGUAUUCACCUUAAUAAACCCACCUGCCACCUGGUCCUAUACGCUUUUCCCUCAUCUUUCUUCAUGGAAAGAGAAAAGGCGUGUUAGUUAUACCUGUAAAAAAAGGUACAACAGUAAGUGCCUGAACAGUCUGCCAAUACAAUCUGCACUCUUUUUACCAAAAACAUAAAUGUGUGUAAAUGUGAAGAGUUAUUCGUAUGGAAACAUUUCCCUAUACAUUUUGUGUUUUUGUAUGUGUAGUGGGCAUUUAUUAGGUCAAAUACAGUAAGUGAUAAAUAAUCUUUUAUUUGUAAAAACUUUUAACAGAUUUCAUUAUUUAUUCUAUGUCCUUGGAUCUGAACCUGGGACCUCUGACUUUCUUGUCUAAUGCUCAACCAAUCAAGCUAUAGAGAAGUUCUCUCUAUCAGUAUUUACAAGGGUUACAGAAGUUUUAAUUUGAAAAAUUCCCAUUUAUUUAUUUAAUGGUUUAGUUUCUGUUCUAGAAUGUAACUCACUUCUAACCACCAAAUGCAGACUACAUUUUUUCCCUUGAAUGAGGCAUCUGAUAUCUGUGUGUGUAUAUAUAUAUAUAUUUGUACAUUGUUACUUAUUAUUUAUAAUUCAUUUAACAACGAUUUUAUCUACUGUAAUUUUGUGGGGUUUUAUUUUCUCAAAGCCCAUAUAGCAAGAACAUUAGAAUCAAGGCCUGUUGUAUGUUUUAUAUUACACAGUAUUGAAUAACAGAUGAAUUUGUACUGCCUGACAAUACAGGAUUAAUCAAGUACAACGAAUACCCAUUGAAAUAUAACAUAGUAUGGAAAAUGUGAAUUGCUUUUCCCCCCAUGUACACAUUUGAAUCCUUUCAUUUGAAUUUAUUCGGAUAGGUCGGACUUUUAUUUGGAUGCCACUUUGAUAUUGAAAAUAAUUGUUAAAAAAUAUUUUUAAGUAAACUUUUAAAUUCUUAUAUGAGUCUCAUCUUUAAUUACUUAGUGUGAAAAUAAAUCAUUCAGGAAAGCUGUUAAUUGUGUUUAAAAUGAUUAUUAACCAACAUGCAAUUUCUCAGAUAAAUUUCAGAAAAUCCAUUGUUACAAUAAACAAUAAUAAGAUAUAUAUAUAUUGUGUUAAUGUUAUGAUACAGUCAUGAUCUGCUGUACAGCAACAGAAGAUGACUAUAUCUUAUGAAGUGUGCUUUAAAAAAAAAAAAAAAAUACAUUCUAUUUCACCAUAUCAUUAUCAUGAUAUCACUCCCAUUUUUGUAGAAAUUGUUGGUCAGUAUGACAUAACAGCAGAUUGGAAAUUAAUUUCUGUAGAUCAGAUCUGAACUAGUAUGGUAUACCAAGAUUUCAAUUGUAUUGAAGACUUAACUUGUAAAUAGCAAACAUCUUGGUUUCUGAACUUUUGUAGGUCAGGACUUAAUUGAAAGAACAGUAAAAGCACAUCAUGGUGAGAAAUGCAGUCUUAUGGACACUCGUGACCAAAUGAGUAGAAUUGGUUUUGAAUUUAACAAUGUUCUUCAUAUCCUUGAUGUAAAAUGUGUUAUUUCCCAUAGAUGGAAAUGUUCUGUUCAAAGUGCUUUUUCAAUAUUGUAAAUUUCAUUCAUUAAUCCUGGAUUUCUGUUUCCAACUGGGUCUCAAGAAUUUAGUAUACAACGGGUCAUUUUGUCAAUUUGUAUGUCCAUGAGCCUUAUCUUUUCAGAAGUUUUCUCAAAGUUCAAGCCAACAUUUCUGAUAUUUUACAUUGUGAUGCACAGUUAAAUGCAGAUAUGCAAGGUUUUUUUUAAAUGUAGGAAAGUUACGGUUUCAUUAUAUUAUCACGGCCCAUGGAAGUCAAUGUUGCUACCAGCCCUAACUUUCUGAUAGAUUGCUAAGAAAUGAUAAUUUUGUGCAUUCGGACAAAGACAAUCAGCAACAGUAAAUGUGGUAAAGACUCUUCAGAGAUAUCACAUCAUUAAUAUAACUAGUUGCAUCAUAGAUAUGAUCAUAAUACACUUUAGUGCAAAGUGUCAUGUUGAUAUUGUAAAAUUGGUUGAGUAAUGAAAAGUUAACUUUUCCUCAAUAGCUUGCAGCACAUUGUACACAAAGACUCUAUGGCAGAGCUUCAAACUAUAUCUUCAAAUACUUUUAAAAAGUUAAGAGACAUCAAAAAAUGUACUUCAUGUGAUUAUAAUACAUUUAUGUACAAUGUUUCAGUUUCAGAAAAAAGGUAAAUAUAAUUUUAGUCUACCGAUAAUGACAGUUUGAGACUUGUGAUUUUCAUACAAUUAGCUUAGGCAAUCAUGAAGUGUCUUCAGAAACUAAAUUUCAUCUUGUACUGUAUCUUGGCUGAUAAAAUUGUGUUCUCCUUAGUAUCCUGAAUGUACUCUCAAUUGCCAUAAUUGCCCAUUAUGAAGAAUUAAGAAGAGACCAGAUAUUAAGAAAUAAUAUAUGGAUACAUUAGAUAUGAUAAGUAUAUGGUACCUACUAAUAAGAAAUUCUUCAUUUUCUGUCAGAAACAAGGAUUGCAGACUCAGAACUCAUUCCUGCACCCUAGUGUAUCAUUUUUCUAUUCUCCAUACAUGUACUUGCAUGCUUGAAGACUUACUUUAGGAAUUUGAUUUAGAAAAGGAAGGAGGAAAGAGAAAAAAAAAAAAAAAAAUGAUAAUUAAACUUUGUUGAUUUAUUAAUGAAUAAUUUUCAUAUGUAUAAAAUUAUGAUGAAUACACAUGUAUUUGGAAAGAAUAGAAAAUCAAGCAUAGUUAAUCAUAACUCUUUAGAAAAACAGCACAAGAUUUAAACCUUUGGGGUUUCAGUUCAAUAAAGUCAUCAUUCACAUUGAUACGAUAUUUUCUUUGAGAUUGCUGGUCAAUAUCUGAUCUAACAUGGUCAGCUUGAUUGCACCCUUUGUAGUAGGAUUGGAGAAAGAGGAAUGAUUUCAAUUUUUUUUUUUAGAUGAUGAAAAAUGUCUAGGUAAUGUAUUUAUUUGAUUGAAGGGAAAAUGUCUAUUAAUAGAGGUGAUGAAGGGCAACAACAGAAGGGGGAGGGGGAGGUACAAAGGGGAAUGCAAUAUGGUAAGUUACUUAUUAGGAUUAACACCGUACAUGUACGAGUUUUCAAUUUCAGGUUUGUUUCACAAUUUGUAGUCAGGUAUCUGGUAUCUAAACUAUUCGUGUACAGACUAUAUAGCUUGAUACCAAGAAAUAUCAAAAUAUUGUUGUUUCUGUAUGAUUCCAUAUGGUCUCAAUGGUACGAAAAAACAUAUUGUAUAUGCCAGGUGCAUGUAGAUCUCAAUGGAUACGAUGGCUAUGAUAGGUUUGUAUCAAACCUGUUGUUUUUUAAAGUAGACUGAUAUGUUUCAUUUCAAAGACAUUGUGAUCUGAUGGUUGUACACUAAACAGUGCCCUAGAAUUAUCCAAGGAUUUUUGUAUCAACAAAUUUCAAAACCAUGACUGUUCUAUAUUGUAUGUUACACUGGAAUAUCUUGAAUAUAAAAAAGAGCAUUUUUCCUAUCCCUGUUGAAGUUUGUAUAUUCAUAAUUUUACCAAGGUUACUAAUUCAUGACAGUUUUGAAUGUGUAUAAAAACUCCAGUGAUAUUAAAAAUGCAGUCAAAAGCUGCAAGCCUGAA